AUGAAGACUCGGAGAGCAAAGCGCUCUGAGGCCUUUUGGCCAUCCAUUGUAAUGAAAAAAUGGCUAAAUAUUCAGCCAAAGAUGUCUGAUUUUAGCGAGGAUGAAGUUGACACAGAGACUGAGAGCGAAGAUGAUGCUUACUCUCUUAAAGAUGAAAGAGUGCAUGAUGGUGAGGAUCAGGUCUGUAGAGCCCAGUGGAACCAACGUGCAUGCCCAACUCAAACUUCAGGGACACAGCUGAAAGGCUAUUCGCUAAGACACAGGAGAGGAAAAUCGGAAACCCUACGUGUUCAAUACAUAAAAGCAAAAGAAGUGAGGGUGACAAUAGGCACUUGGAAUGUUGCUGGAAGACUUCCUUAUGGGGAUAUUGAGAUCGAGGAGUGGGUUUCUAUGGAAGUACCAGCAGAUAUUUAUGUUCUUGGGUGA